AUGCGCGACCGCGAGGUGACAGAGUGUCUGCUUGGGGCCGAGCAGUGGCUACGUGAGCUGAACCGUCCGUUAACAUCGGCAAGCGUCAGCGGCAGCGCCAACGGUGGCGGAUCGUCGUCAUCGAUCAGUGGUUUUCUGCCCUACGUGGAGGGCGAUGCACUACUCAGCGCGUACCGUAGUGCACUCUCGGAACUGCGCCUGCUUGUCCUUGGCGUCUUGAGCACGAUGCCGUGGUGGCGUGUUGUGGAGACGGUAGCGGACCACCCAACGGUGCCGCAGUCGCACGGAGUUCGCGGGGCUAGCAUCAGUGGUCGCGGCCACAGUGGAGGUGGAGCUGUUGCGGCACGAACAGCAACGCAACACGGCAGCGUUUCAGAUCGUUCUGUGGCUGCGCUCCACGCCAUCACACGUUGGCACGUGCGUCUCCAAAUCGCCUUUGAGCGUGUGUGCCUGACAUUGAUUGACCAGUCACAGAAGACAGUGCGUGGCGUUCUCGAGGUGCUGUUAAAGCCCUGUCAACUGCGUCCACCCGUGCGCGACGGUGCGCGGCGCUCCAUCCCGAGUGACAGCUUCAUCCGCGUCCUGAACGCGGUCGCGACCAAGUACGGCCCCAAUUACGUCGUGGAGUUGCUGGAGGGUUGCAUUGCCGACUUUAUGCCGCGGCAGCGGUGGGCGGAACGACGCCACCACGUGGCGUGCACUGCUGUCUUGCUGUACGUGGCACUGGAGGGGCACACCCCAGCGUACCACCCGCGUCUCGGCAACAGCCAAAGCUUGCAGCGUGCCUUGGACCUGCUCAAGUCACUGCGCUCUCGGCACACGGACAACAGUAAUAGCGUAGGCGACUCUCCGUGGCUGCUGCCGCCCGCCACGCGCUCCCACUCCUUGAGCCUACCAGGAGGGACGUCAGAGGAGAGCGGAACCGACCUUGGGGGGUCGUCGUCUGCAAUGUCAGCGAAGCGACAGGGCUACCACGCUUCGCUGUCAUCGAUGCUACCAACAACCGGUGUGCUACCAUCAGGCUACGUGAGUGCGACGCUGUUGGAGGGGGCAAAGGUUGGAGAGGCGGCGCUGCGACAGCCGAUCCUGCCACAUGCAUCCCUGGUUGGAAGCAGUUUGUCCUUGAUAGAGACUACUACAACUGCAAGCGACAUGGAACUCAGCGAUGGCGACGCGCAUGGCGGUGAUCGUGCCAGAUCUGCCGUGAACAGCAGACUCACUGAUAAUCCCUCUGGGCGCUACGUCACAGCUGCCUGUGCUGGCGGUGGCGGUGAUAGUGACAGCUCUGCAGCGGCAGUGGUCUGCAGGAAGGGUAGAUCUCGAGGGGCAGCUGGCCAGCUCAGCGGAGAAGUUGGCAGCGGUGCGGCAGUUGCUCCGGGCUCGGCAGCAGCAGACGGCGCGCCGAGCUUCCUCGACGUAACUGUCGAACACAAUAACAAGCUCUUGUCGUACCGUAACGACAUUGUGCGCGUGCUGUUGAACCGGUUACUGGAUGUGGAGCUGACGCUAGAGCCGAAGGAUAUGGAGGAGAAGCAGGGUGGAUGGUCACGUGUCAUGGGCGUGCUCGGGCUCGGCGGCGGCGGCCCAUCCUCUGCGAUGACAGUGGCGUCACACCAGACAUCUUUCCGCGGUAGCCCGUUCGGUUCUCCACCCGCUUCCGGGCUGGGAAGCCCGGCCUCUGUUCUUUCAGCGUCGUCAUCGUCGCUUCCAGGAGUUGGCGGCGGCGGUUCUGCCAGUGCAUUCCCUAGCAUCCCGAUCACCGCGGCAGGUGCUGGUAUGUUGCGACAAGUCACAGCCCCAACCUCUGACCUCAGCAGUCCUGCCGCCUUGUCGCCUGCCGUAUUUCUCCUUCCACGAUCCAACUCGCUCGGGUUCAGCGGUGGCGCCAGCCUGGGUGACUGGGGCUCUGCCGCCUCCCCCGGUGCGUCGCUUGCCUCAACGCAGCCACUCGAGCAUCUCUUCAACACACUGUCGCAGCCCUAUCUCCGCAUCCUGCGCGACUGUACAACGCUCGUGUACGGGCGAUUGGGUGAUGACCUCCGUCGCCAGCAGGUCGCUGGCUCGUGCGGCAAUGCUGAUUGGUGGGUGGACAUUGUCUACUUCUAUCUGACCGUCGUGACGCGCGUGGAUCGGCCAGUGUAUGUGCUGUACCUCGCUCCAAGUUUGUCCAUGCUGGGAGCGGAGGAUGAGUCGAUAGGGCUGCUGCACAAGCUCAUCACUGUUGCGAUCAAAGGCAGCAUGCCAGUGGAGCAGCCGCGUAGCAGCAGCACCAUUAGUGGGACUCUUAGAUGCCCCUCGGCGAUGUGGGCGUCGUCCGCGACCGCAUCCGUGGUGAGCGCUUCUUCUUUGCCUCUAUCCGGUGCACCCGUCCAGCCGGUGCGUCUGCGCAUGGCACCACCGACCGGCACCAAUCGUCGUGUGGUUACAAUGGAAGAGCGACUGCGUGCGGCCCGGCACAUUUUUCCACUCUUUCGCUUUCUGCAAAGCCGCAUCGAUGAGGCCAGCGGUGAGGGCGUGCGGCGUCGGCUGCUGAAGUGGACGGCGCAGGAGCUACGCCGACUGGGCGGCUGCUCCGCCUCGGCUAUGGGGAGCGGUGGCGGACGAGGUGGUAGCUUGUAUGUGCGCAGUCACCCACCACCCUCCAGAGAAACGCGAUUAGCCCUCGUCACCUUCGCGCAAUGUGCGGCGAUAUCGGAACUGAUGGGGGUGGAUGUAGUGCCACAGCUCAGCAGUGCCGGCAAAUCAACCUGCGGCUCUGCUCGUUUCACAUCGAGCACUGCCUACGGGGAUACCUCUGAUGGCAUCGCGGCCGCCCUGGAGCCUUUCCUCAGCCGAUACACAUUACAGAGCGAGCCGCCUGCGGAGGACAUGGAGGACACUGUGACCACAGCGGAUGACGGGGAGAAUGGGAACAGCAACUGCUCAGCAGCAGCAUCAUCUGCAUCUCUGUCAGAAACAUUGUCAUCACCAUCGGCAUCAGCCUCUUCCUCGAUUCAGGACGCGGAGCAAGCUGGACGGAAGGCAUCCGAAAAGAUCGCAGGGACUACUGCCUCAGCGAUGUCUUCGUCCACUCUGUGUGACACGGAGCAGAAGCCGCGCCGACGCCGUAUCGACCUUCGGCAGAUGGAGUUUGAGGGGUUACUGCAGCCACAGUUGAUGGCGUACUGUCCAUGGUGA